GAUGAUUAGAUGACAUAUGGUUUAUCAGAUCCGGAGAUUUUCGCGAGAAAGGGACAGAAAAAAGAAAAAAAAAAAAAAGCUUUCUAGACGGAAAGCAAAGAGAAUAAUUCGCCUGAAAUUUUCCUAAGCUUUCUCGCUGCAAUCGUCUUCGGCUACCUGAUCUCUCGGUCAUCAUGACAACAUCAAGGCGCCUUGCGGACAGGAAGGUGGAGAAGUUCGAGAUGAAUAUAACAAAGAGAGGAGCUGUGCCUGAAACAUCCACAAAGAAGGGAAAGGAUUAUCCGGUUGGCCCUGUGCUGCUUGGGUUCUUCAUAUUCGUUGUCAUUGGAUCAUCUCUCUUCCAGAUUAUCAGGACAGCGACCAGUGGAGGCAUGGCAUAAGUCUGCAUAAUCCAUGUUAAGAAAUUGCAGAUGAGACUUGUCUUUCAUGCCCUUUUUCUGUUAGUUUUGUAGGGAACUGAUGAUAUAUUUACUACACAUGCUUACUCGUGUUGUGAAGUAUUCAGAAUUUAAAUGAGACCUCCCCUUCUUGCCUCCUCCUAUUUUA